AUGAGGUUCAUUUCACUUUAUCUUUGCAGACCCAGCUCUAUUAGAAAAGAAUUCUAAGGAACUUUAGAUUGGAAAACCAAUAGGGAACAAGAUUACAACAUAAUAUGUCAAGUAAUCCUUUUAAUAAGAUCCUGCCACUUAAUUUAUAAAUUGCAUUUCUCAAUAAUCAUAAGUUUUGUACUAAAUAUUUCAAUGAAAAUCUCAUCCUUGAAAAAUGUUAUAUCAUAGAAAAUGAUAGUUAAGGAUGAUAUGGAGAAUCUUGCAGAAAUUUAUAAGAUAAGUAACUUAUAUUUCUAUUUCGUAGUCGACUUAAAGCGAAUGUCGAAGUCAAUAUUUAUUAGAAAUGAUAAAUAGUGCAUGAUUAACAGGCUUUUAAAUAGUUAUCAACACAAACAAUGUCAAAAACCAUUAAAUUAUAGGUGA